CGACAGUACUGCAAAACCAUUCAUUAGCAAAGGGCAGCGUUUUCACACCUUGGGCGUGGUAAAUGAGUGAUAGUAAAAUAAUGGAUAGUGAUUGGAAUACGGAAACUUACCGUACGAUUCCACAGAUGGAACUAGCUGAACCGGAGACCAAGGACACUUUGGGGCGGAAAGAUGAGUUGAAGCAGAAGAGUCCUCAGGGCAAUAUGUUUGUGCAGAGCAUGUUCGAUAUGACGUUAAUAACGAUCAACUUUUGCCAAAUAUGCUAUAUCCUUAAGGUUGGACCUGGUUUAGGAUGGUUGUACUACUUUCUGCUAGGAUUGUUCGGUGUGUCACUGAUUUUGCUAUUUUUGCACGGACUUAUGGGACUGUGUGCAAGGUUGAGAUGCAGCAAACCACUUCCCAUGGGCUGUUUCAACUGUCUGUACAACACGUCAAUGUUUAUGGUUGUGCUCGUGUACAUGGUAAACCUCGUCGGGAAUGUUCUGAUGUUAAAGGAGGCCGAAAAUAAGUGCCAAUUGAUGUUAGAGCAUACGAAAUCCAUCAUCUCUCCCCCAUUAGAUUUACCGCAAUGA